AUGGACUCGGUUUUAAGAUCACAGUCUACUUCAUCGAUGAAGAGACGAUCACCGCCACCGUCACGUACACAAUCACCACCACCCAUAAUGACAGUAGGAGGAUCAGCCUCAUCCUACGGAUUACCAGGAAGAGGAGGCUCAAACCCUAUCUCAAGAGGUUCAGUCAGUGGUGGAUAUGGUAAUAUAGGAUUAGGUCAAGUUCAAUCAAAUCAACAUCAAGGUUAUGAUAACGAUAAUGGUAAUAAUGAUAAUGAUCCUACAUUGGGUGGAUUAAUGGAUGAACCUUCACAGAUGAAUGGUAUUGGAGGCUCAAAUUCGAAUAACAAUUCUUCUUCAACAAUGAAUAAUGGAUAUGCCUAUUCAACAACUUUGAGAAGACAAGUUUCAAUGACAGAUUCAUUUCCAAGUUUCAACUCAUCGCCUAGAAUAGGUACCGCAAGUAACAGAAGAGACUCAUCACCCGUCAGAUCAAACAAUCUAUCAGCUUCACCUUAUCGUAAUCAAAAUCAACACCAUCAUCCUCUGACAAAUGGUGGAUUAUCAUAUGAAGAUGACAUCGAAGAGGAACAAGGUUUCGUGGGGAAAGUAAUAGCUUACGGUAAAAGAGUAAUGGGUAAAAAAGAUUACGAGGAAAUCAAAAUGCAAGACGAAAAUAAACGGUUAGAGAACGAAAGAAGACAAAGAGAAACUCCAAGUGCUAUUUUCGCUCAUAAAACUAUUGAUGAAACACUCACAUCGCUCUCUUCACAUCCUACUCAAGGAUUGUCGACAUCAUCUUUAUCAGCUUUACUAGCCAGAUAUGGCCCUAAUGAAUUCGAAUUACCACCCGCAGAUCCAUUAUUCCUCAAAUUCGCUAAACAAGUAUAUGAGAAUCCAUUGAUUUUACUUCUACUUGGAAGUAGUGUUGUCAGUGCCUUGAUGGGUAACUAUGAUGAUGCCGCUUGUGUGGUCGUUGCCGUGGGAAUAGUUUUGACUGUCGGCUUCGUGCAGGAGCAAAGAUCGGAGAAGUCACUCGAAGCUCUGAACAAGCUCGUGCCGCAUUAUUGUCAUCUAAUACGGAAUGGUCACCCUCUCACACCUCUAGCCAAUGGUCUCCUUCCCGGUGACUUGGUGACCUUUUCAGUCGGAGAUAGGAUUCCAGCCGAUAUCCGACUUAUCACUGCUGUAUCGCUUGAGAUUGACGAAUCAGCAUUGACAGGAGAAACUAGACCCGCGAGGAAAAACACUGAUAUCUGCGAAAGAGGAGAAGGAGAAGAUACACACGGUGAAGGUGGUGGGAAAGCACUAGGUGAAAGACAUUGUAUGGCUUUCAUGGGUACUCUAGUCAGAAGUGGCCAUGGUUCAGGUAUAGUCGUUGGGACUGGGAAAGAUACUGAAUUCGGAGUGAUCUUCUCCAUGAUGCAGGACGUCGAAGAAAAACGGACACCUUUACAAUUAGAUAUGGAUGAUUUAGCCAAACGACUAUCUCUUUUUUCUUUUGGAGUAAUAGGAAUAAUCUUCCUUAUUGGCGUACUGCAAAACAGAGAUUGGCUGGAGAUGUUCACGAUAGGAGUUUCACUUGCCGUCGCUGCUAUCCCUGAGGGACUACCGAUCGUCACUACCGUUACUCUCGCUUUGGGAGUGUUGAGAAUGUCGAAACGAAAGGCCAUCGUCAAGAAGCUGCCUAGUGUCGAAGCGCUGGGUAGUGUUUCCGUAAUCUGUUCAGACAAAACGGGUACGCUCACCAAGAAUGAAAUGACUGUCACCCAUCUUUAUGCUGUUGAUGAAGUUGUCGAUCUUACCCCUCACCUGAACGCAACAUCGUAUCUUGGACCUAGACGACCUGAUCAAGUUGAAUUUUCACCUUCACAAGCUAUGAAGAAGACUGCUCUUGUUGGAAGUAUCUGUAAUAACGCCUUCAAGAAUGAACAAGGAGUUAAUGUAGGGCAAGCUACAGAAGUUGCUUUGCUGAAUGUGUUGCCAGUCCUUGGGGCUGAUGAUCAAAGAAAGAACUUCACACGCAAGAACGAAAUACCAUUCAGCUCCGAAACCAAGAUUAUGACCGUGACGGGUUCGCUAAAUGGCAGCUCUGACAUGGUCUACCUCAAGGGUGCUGUUGAACAAGUGCUAUCUCGCUGUCGGUAUUACUAUGUGACCGAUUCCUCCACACCAUCACUUGAUCCAACAACGCAGAAACUCAUACUUGAAAGAGCAACAGAAGUUUCAAAGCAGGGUCUAAGAGUUAUCGCUAUGGCGUAUGGAUUCCCCAAAGGCGAAGGAAACGAUUUGAUCUUUGUCGGAUUCCAAGCUAUGAUGGAUCCUCCAAGAAAAGGAGUCGCACAUGCUGUAUCAGCACUACACAGUGCCGGAGUUCAAGUUGUUAUGAUCACAGGUGAUGCCGAACCUACAGCUUUAGCGAUCGCACGUCAACUCGGAUUGAAAGUGAACCCUUCGUCAGGAAGCUUAGACUCGUUUGUGGGAGGAUCAAGUUGUAUGCUUGGAAGUCAAGUUGAUCAAUUGACGGAAAGAGAAUUGAUUGAACGUGUACCUGGAAUAACAGUUUACGCGCGUACGACACCAAGACAUAAAAUGGCCAUCGUGAAAGCAUGGCAAAUGCGAGGAGCGGUAGUAGCGAUGACAGGAGAUGGAGUUAAUGAUUCACCAGCUUUGAAAAUGGCCGAUAUUGGUAUAUCAAUGGGUAAAUCAGGGACUGAUGUAGCUAAAGAAGCUGCAGAUGUCAUUUUGGUUGAUGAUGACUUUUCAUCAAUUCUACCUGCAGUGGAAGAAGGAAAAUCGAUUUUCUACAACAUUCAAAAUUUCUUAUCGUUUCAACUUUCAACUGCAGUCGCUGCAUUAUCACUAAUCACUUUAUCGACAUUCUUCAAAUUGGCAAAUCCAUUAAACGCCAUGCAAAUUCUCUUCAUCAAUAUCUUGAUGGAUGGACCGCCCGCUCAAGCUCUAGGUGUUGAUCCUGUUGAUAAAGAAGUAAUGCGUAGACCACCAAGAAAAAAGGGUGAUCAUGUAUUGUCAAAAAGAUUGAUUUACAGAGUAGCUUUUUCAGCUACUAUGAUAGUGUUAGGAACUUUAUACAUCUACGCUAGGGAAACUAGUGAUGGCAGUAUGAGUAGAAGGGAUCAAACUAUGACUUUUACAGGAUUUGUUUUCUUAGAUUUGGUAUCAGCAUUACAAAAUCGAGGAUUAACAUGUCCAAUGUUCAGAAAUCGAAUGUUGUUCAUAACGAUAUCGAUUUCGUUCAUAUGUCAAUUACUCUUGAUUUAUAUACCUCUUUUACAACACAUUUUCCAAACGGAAGCUUUAUCAAUGAGGGACUUAUUCAUGUUGAUUGGUCUGGCAGGAACUUCGAUGGGUUUACAUGAAGUUAGGAGAUGGUACGAAAGGAAAUCUGUCGAAAGGGAAAUCAUACAAGAAGGUAUUGGUAGAAUGGCGUGA